AUGUCAAAGCAACAAAAAGAGGUGGAUAAUAAUGACAUAUGUUCAUCAUCAUUUAAUUCUAGACAGAUAUCAGAUUUAAUCAUUCUCAACAUCAUCAAAUACAUCGAUAACAAUUUCAAACUAUAUUCCUUCUUUAAACAUGUUGAACCAUUAUAUAAUAAUAAUAAUAAUAAUAAUAAUAAUAAUAAUAAUAAUAAUAAUAAUAAUAAUAAUAAUAAUAAUAAUAAUAAUAAUAAUAAUAAUAAUAAUAAUAAUAAUUAUAUUUCCAACACUGAAGCAGAACUUCAGAGAAAGCAUUUUAAAAUCAAUGACGGGCGAUCAAACGAGGACAUACCAAACAUAUCCAAUCGAGUCGGACAGACAGGAAGCAAUGGAGUCAUCCCAUCGUCGGCCAAAGAGCUUCAUCUCAACUUUGGAGAACAUGAUGUAGACAAAGAGUUGAAACUUGAAGAUGGGAUUAUUCCACAUGGUGUUCAAAAACUUGUAUUAUUGUUAUAUUAUGGCCCAAUAACUAGAAACAACAUCCCAGAUACAGUUACAGAGCUAACAAUCUUGGAGAAUGUUGAAUAUUUACCUCGUACAGCACCAUUCACACCUCCACCAAAUCUACAAGUUUUAACAUGGUCACCUAUUAAUACACUAGCCAACAACAACAACAAUAUUACCACUGCAGCAGCUUCUCAAAUACCACCACCACCAACACUCACCACCAUUAAUUCAGUCACUCACCAAUCCCAACUCUAUUCUCGAUUGCAUGAUCACAUUGAAAGUGAAAUCUAUCUUCCUCAUCCACCACCAAUCACCUAUGUUAACAUCAUUGACCAAAUUGGCAUUGAUGAUGAUUAA